GCCCAUCAAGAGCUUGCUAACAUGUCAGAACGCCCGGAACUCUUCAUUGAAAGAGCUUACAACGACGCAGAAGCCAUGGCUUGGUCCGACAAGGAUAUGUGUUUCACCUCAGAAAACUACUACCGUUACUUUGCGCUUCUCGCAACGAUCCGCAAGAUCUCGGCCGUGCUCGAUUUCCAGUAUGUCACGCCAAAGAACGUCUUCCAUGUCAAGGACCCACGCGAUCAAGACCUACGCGACGACUUGCAACGACCCAGAGGACAGUUCCCAAGAUACCUGUUCCCCACUGCACCUUUUGCCAUUGGAAUCUGUCCUGCGGACGAGGUUGUCGAGCUCAUCUGCGUUGCAGACAUGUCGGCUCGCACUUUCUCGGAAAGGGUUACUGAAAGACUUCUAGCGGAGGGCCUGGUACCGUUGAUGAGGGACUACAACGAUCAUCUUGGUCGCAUAGCUCUGAUAGGACCACAAGAAUUGGCCAUUCGAUUCGAAAUCUGCUCGCCUGGUCCGCGUGGUAACGUUCCCAGAUGCGUCCUCGUAUUGAGAUAUCAGCGCAAACCCGCAGAAUUUGACAAUCAGAUCACAAGAGAGCGCCGUAUCACGGAAGCGAUGGCAAAAGAGAGUCCUUCUCUAGCUCGCGUGUACACUCAGCAGAUAUGGAAUCAGCGGAUCCUCGACCUGUGGGACGCACUUUACCACCCGAAGCCACCUGCAGGAAUACUUCCAACCCCAGAUGACGCCGGCCCCUCGGAGAACGAAGCACCACCGCCAACAGUAUUGCUCCACCACAAAUUUCUGCGUCUGCACCGCUUGACUCGUAAUCUGGGUCUCAUGUCGCCACGAUUAGGACUGCUGUCCACCGAAAUCUUGCUACAAGCGUGGACGGUGGCCAUGUGUAUUGACGUCCAAGAAUCCCUCAAUGGAGGGCCCAGCAGAUCGUUUCAAAAUUGCCUGUGGCAUCUUGACCGCAUCCUGAAAAGGAGCAGGUACACACCAAGUGGCAAUUGGCUUUGCCCCAGCGCAGGCCACGAAGUCUUCUUACUCAACACGGAAGGCAUCGACGCAGCUUCGAUCUGUUUGACCGACCUCAUGGACCAGACCAAUCUUGCCAAUCUCAAUGCAAAUGGUUCAUCGCCAGCGAGCGGACUUCGUUACUUCGCAUCGACGUACCCGCUAUACAUCAAGAUAGACGCCAAUUGCUGGGCAGCACGACAGCGUCUACGAUUCGCCGACACAUUUUUUGAUGUCCUCGCCGCACUGCAGCAGUCUGUCCGCACAGACACGCGUGGGCAGACUAGAGCUCGACCAUGGCCCUUCCGUCUUACAAGGCGGGAGGAAUACGGUGAAGGCUCGUCAAUCUACUUACUUGGUCUCUACACCAGGCCCUCUGGGGAUAUCCUGGUCCUUCCCUCGCAUUUGCAGGAUGGGAGUCUCAACGCCCACGUCAAUACCCUCUUCGAUAUUGCGUUCCAAGACAGCGACUUCGACCAGACUAAGUGCUUUAUCGAGAGCGAGCUUUUGACCCCGGAAACUCUGAUCUCAUUCCUCGAGUCCAUCGAUGUGGUCCAGAGCCAUAUCGCUGAGUGCAGAGGACUUUCGGACCCCCUCCUGCCCGAAAGUGACUUCUCGCCGACCACCACGGCGCCAAUGACCGAUACGCCUAUGGACGCUCCGCUUGCGAUUGGCGACUCCGAUCCCGGGAACACAAACGCCGUGCCCGACAGACCCUCAAAUACUAGCGUCGACUCUUCCAGACGUUUCCGCCCAGACACCUCGGUCAUCAGUCGUCUACGCUAUGAUCCGGCCCACCAAGAUAUCGAGUACGAAGUCGGAUACAAGGAUAGAUUCCUUGACGAUCUGGUAUGGAAACCGCUCAAUGACUGGCAGCGUGCUACAGAGGAGGAAGAUUUUGUGCCGUCACAUCGCAUCAGGCAGAUUCGGAGGCUGUGGGAUGGGGUUGUGGUGUGGGAUCGGGAGGCGAGCACGUGCCAAAAACCAUGCUUGAAAGCAUUUGGUGAGCCAGCGACCGCGGGUGACUUCAGUAAGGCACACGCGAGAAGGCAAUUGGGUGACGUCCGCAGCAAUCGCCGAAGACGUGAACGAAGUGUCGAGUCAAAAAGGUCCGAAACCGGCACCGUGGUCUAUUCACGGCAGAAGGUCCCGAGGAACUGUCCCGAGGAACUGGUCCGCAUUGAUGUCGCUAAUCAUAACAGCUCCCGAGACUCCAUUCGAGCCGGACCACAUGCUCCGAAAGUCCGAAAUUGA